AUGGAUAAUCGAAUGAGUGUUUCCAUAAUUCUACUUAUGGUGCAUGUAUCUGGUAUCUUGGCCAGAAAUCGACCCUACAUUCCCAGCUUUUUCGAAAGUAUUCCACUGGUACCUACAGGGCGUCGCCACUUUGACAUUUUUAAUGAAAAUGCACAAAAAAUAUUGGCCAAUCUAGGUUUAAAAAGAGAACAUACAACUCAUGUUCCAUAUGAAACGAACGUUAUAACUUAUAACGUACUUAACAAACGAAUAAAUACCCAAGAUGAAUUAAAUAGCAAAGUUGCGAUAGAAGAUGUACAGGAAAACAAUAUUGACGAUUCAUCAAAGACAACUGUGGAGGAUGUGUUCUCUGAAACGACUACUGAGACAGACGCAAGCACUACUUUUAUCUCGACAGCAGAUCAGACAACCACUGAAAAUUAUGAAGGAGGUAUAGAAGAAAGGAUUUCUCUUCCAGCGCAAGCCGUCGCUUCACUACUCGGUUGA